AACGGUCGCGGGCGGACCUGGAACCAGGAGCUGUUGAUAUUCUUCGAGACGAACGGAGCUGUUGAUAUUCUUCGAGACGAACCUCUUCAAUCAACAGUAGAAAUGGCAGACGACAAAGGGAGCUCGAAUCGACUUAGUGUGGUCCAGAUGGCAGGGGCGGAGCACACAGGGGACACGCCCUGUCUGACGUUUGUACUUCACAAUGAGGAUCACACGCUCGGUAAUGCCCUUCGCUACAUGAUCAUGAAAAACCCAGAUAUUGAGUUCUGCGGAUACAGUAUACCUCAUCCCUCAGAGAAGAAAGUCAACCUCAGAAUACAAACAAAAGGUCCACCAGCAGUUGACGUUUUUAAGAAAGGUCUUGCUGAUCUAUCAGCGCUGUCUGAGCACGUUCUGGAAACAUUUGAGAUCAGUGUGCAAAACUUCAAAGCUCAGAAUCAACCGGAGGAAGAAAUGGACUUACAAUGAAGAGAAAAAUGCUCUCGAUGGAGAAUGUAAAUAAGAAAGUCCAACAGGAUCUGAGAUCUUCAUAGAAAAUAAACUCCUGGACACUUUGCCAGCCUGUUGAAGCCUUGCAGAAUGUCUUGAAAGGCUAGUGUAACAUACAGCUUUCAAACAGACCAGGCUAUGUUGUGUUCAUGGCAAUUACACUCAAUGGUACUUUGCCAGCCUGUUAAAGCUUUGCAGAAUGUCUCCAAGGCUAGUGUAACAUACUGCUUCCAAACUGACCAGGCUGUGUGUCUACAUGUAUAAAUACACUCAUGGACAUUUUGCCAACCUGUUGAAGCCUUGCAGAAUGUCUCAACGACUAGUGUAGCAUACAGCUUCCAAAUAGGCCAGGAUAUGUUGUGUUCAUGGCAAUUACACUCAAUGAUUCUUUGCCAGCGUGUUAAAGCCUUGCAUAAUGUCUCAAAGACUAGUGUAACAUACUGCUUCCAAACAGACCAGGCUUUGUUGGUAACUGACUGGUAACCUGUUUCUGCAUGGUCAGCACAACAGUGCUUUGAGUCAGAAAUGCCCAGGGGUUGAUUUCACAAAGAGUUAAGACUAGUCUUAUCACGAUGAGUUACUCGUAUUAACUAGGGACUAGCCUUAGUUUUUUUAAAAUAUCUCCUACAACUAGUCCUAAAAGUUAGGCCUAACUCUUUGUGAUAUCGACCCCUAGCCAUAUGUUGAGAUGUGGUGUCAUAUUAUGAACAUACAUUUGUUUCCUUCCUCACAAGAAAAUUGGUAUUAAAGACGAAACCGAACGCUGAAGUUUCCAUUGAAUAUUGAAGAUAAUGUCAAGUUUACAUCAGUCUGCUCAAUUUGUGUUCCUCUUUUGAACUAACGCACAAAAUUCAGAAGGCUUGAAAAGGUAGGAGCAGAAGUAUAUUAAGCCUUUUCUGUUAGCUGCUUAACUUCGGUCGGCAGGUUGUUGUGUGGUAUUUAAAUUGGUCUGUCAGCAGGGCUCAAAUUUGACACUGGACCGCAGGCCUGAGACCAGUGAUUUAGCCUUUUAAUUUCAAUAUCAGACUGUAUAAUAAAAUAUUAAUUUCAAAUGUUGACUUUGAUUCUAAUAAAUAUUGUUCAAUUUUGUUGGAAAUUGAAGAAUACUUA